AUGUUCUUCCAACCGAUACCAGCUAAAGAUAAAAUCACUUUCACGAAUAAAGAAGGUAAAAAGGAAACUGGUAACAAAAUCAGGUUCAGAGAUGGUUUCUGUCACGACGUUUUAACAUCGGUCGAUAUUCAAGAAAUAGUGAAAGCCGGUGGACAAAUUAUUAGAAUAUUAGAUGGUAUAGUUUACGAAGAAAAUUUUAAAACUCCACCCUAUAGAGAUUAUAUUUUAAUUUUGAGAGAUUUAAGAAAUAAAUAUAAACGAGAAGGUACUAUCGUGGGUAGUAAUUGCAUGAAAUUAUUAGCACCAAAAGUCAAAUACAACAUCGUUUUGACUUCUGAUGGUGUCUUAAAAGAAAAGAAAACGUUUAAAGGUUAUUCUAAUGAUAAGAUAAGUGUAGAAGAUUAUGUUCAGUUAGCAAGUGGACAUGAUGUGUCGAACGAAUUUAAUAAACCAUGGGAAAAAAGUUUCACCAAUGGAGUAGUUAUUCCAAAUGAUAAACAAACUAAAGUUUUUAGAAGUUAUUUGAAUAAUGUUAAAAGAAAACCACCAAACAGUGAAGAAAUUAUGUAUCCUUACAAUGACAAAGAUGAGUAUAGUUUUGACGAAAACUAUGAAUUUGAUGAUUUCGAUUAUCUUUCUAAUCAAGAAGAGAAUGAAGAUUGUUUUAAAUGA